AUGGCGUCUUCUAAUUCGGCUGCGCUCGAGAAGCCGACUGGCGAGUACCGCCAGUACUUGCCCGACCUGAGCUUGGAGCGCUUCCAGGUUAUGUGCACGCAGGACGCGCACGAGUACGCCGAUGCCUUUAAGACAUUGAAGCAGCCUCCCUGGUUGCACGGACUUUAUUCGCAUUGGCUGGACCUUUUGCAGGAGCCCUUCAAGGGUGUCACCACCGACGGCCGCGUUCGUCCCGAUCUUUUCACUAUCCAAGAUGAGGAGGUCCCCAUCCAACACAUCGUGGAUACCACACAGACCUUCCUAAGCUUGCUAGACGAUAAGCAAAAGGAAGCCGUCAGCUACCACAUCGACUCCCCACAGUGGCGCACAUGGUCAAACCCAGAGUUUCUACUCGCACACAAGGGUGUCCGUCUCGACGAAGUCACCGAGAACAUCCGCGACGCAGUCAUGAACGUCCUCAAGGCCACUCUCUCCCCAGAGGGGUACGAGAAGGCCGUCAGCGCCAUGCGCAUCAACCACUUCCUCGGCGAACUGGUCAAGUCCCCGCGCGUCAUGAACGAGUUCUCCUACAACUUCGCCCUCUUCGGUCGGCCCUCCACCACCCGGCCCUGGGGCUUCUCCUUCUACGGCCACCACCUGUGCUUGAACAUCUUCCUGUACAAGGGCCAGAUCAUCGCCUCGCCCUGGUUCACCGGCGCCGAGCCCAACGAGAUCGACUCCGGUCCUUGGGCCGGCACCCGUAUCAUGCAGGUAGAGGAGAAGCUGGGCCUGGAGCUCAUGCAGUCCCUUACCGUCGAGCUACAGAACAGUGCGCGGGUCUUUGAGAAGAUGAAGGAUCCCGCCAUGCCACCUGGUCGCUGGAACAAGGAUGACCAGCGCCACGUGUGCGGUGCGUACCGGGAUAACCGGGAGGUGCCGUACGAGGGUAUCCUGGCGUCGACAUUCAAUAAGGCGCAGAAGGAGCUUAUGUACGGUAUCUUGGAGCAGUAUUUGCUGUACCUGCCGGCGAAGUCGCGGGCUGUGAAGCUUGAGCAGGUGCGGAAGUGGGAGGCGGAGACUUACUUCUGCUGGAUUGGUGGAAACAGUGAUGAGGAUCCGUUCUACUACCGUAUUCAGAGCCCGGUUAUUCUUGUUGAGUUUGAUCAUCACUCUGGCGUGUUCUUGAACAAUGAGGAGCCGAAGAAGUUCCACAUUCACACCUUGCUUCGCACUCCUAAUGCGGGCGAUUACGGUCAGGCCCUGCGGGCUCAGAUUCCGGGUAUUGAGGGUUUGAAUGGAAAGGAGAUUGUUUGGUAG